CAGCUGUGAACAUGCUGAGGGCAUUUGGGUGCAUGGUGGUGUUUCAUGUGCCUAAGGAGAAAAGAGGGAAGUUGGAGGCUUCUGGAAGAUGGGGUGUGCACUUGGGGAUUGCAAAAAAUCACAAGGGGUAGCUGCUAUGGGACUUGACCACCCAGAAGCUGACAGUGUCAAGGGAUGUGAAGUUUCUUGAGUCCCUGUACUACAAGGAAUGGAAGCAGCAGCAACAGAAGCUUCCAUCUACACCGCUCAUUGUGGAGGCAGAUGAGGUGCAGCGGCCUUCAAGACAGGUGGAGGUUGCAGUGUCUGAGGAGGAGAUGUCUGGGGUGACUGAGGAAGGGGGAGCAGCCGAAGUGGAGCAGCAGCAGCAGCAGCAGCAUGAGUCUCCACCUCGAGUUCCACACCCGCCUGAGCGACCUAGGAGGGAUGUGCGCCCUCCGGUGAGGCUGACCUAUGGGGGAAGAGGCAAGACGAAUGUGGUGCAGGCUGGGAGUGUAGUUGAGCAGAUUGAGGAAGAUGAGAUCGCUCACUGCUACUGGGCACCAAUCCCUGAGCCCAAGACUCGAGAAGAGGCCUUGAAUGGACCAAAUGGGGAGAAGUGGAAGGCGAGUGAGGAUGAGGAGUUCGGGUCCCUGAUUGAGAACGAGACAUGGGACCUGUGUGACUUGCCUCCUGGGAAGAAGGCAAUCACUUCCAAGAUGAUCUACAGGCACAAGUAUGGACCUGAAGGGGAGUUGACCCGCUACAAGUCUAGGCUUGUGGCACGGGGGUUUCAGCAGACAAAGGGGAAGGACUAUGAUGAGGUAUUUGCUCCUGUGGGGAAAGGAACAACACUUAAGGUGCUGUUGGCGAUAGCUGCAUUCCUGGGAUGGAAGAUACGGCAGAUGGACAUUGUGACUGCCUUUCUAAAUGGGAUCAUUCUGGAGGAGGUGUACAUGAAGCAGCCAGAGGGGCUGGAUGAUGGGAGCGGCAGGGUCUGCAGGCUGAAGAAGGCCAUCUAUGGGCUUAAGCAGGCGCCUCGUGCAUGGCAUCAUAAGUUGGAGGAGGCGCUGUUGGCUGGGGGUUUCAAGAAGAGUGAGUGUGACCCCAGCAUAUUCCUGCUGCAGGAGAAGGAUGAAAUCCUCAUGCUCUUGGUGUAUGUGGAUGAUAUCCUUCUCUUUUCUGCAUCAACUGCUUUGCUGGACAGCGCAGAGCAGAUGCUGGAGAUGCAGUUCAAGUGCUCCAAGAUGGGUGAGGUGAAGUACUACCUGGGGAUGCAUGUGGAGAGAGAUGUGGAAAAGGGUGUGCUGAGGUUGCACCAGAGGAAGUACUGUGAGGGGCUGGCUGAGAAGCGGAUCAUUGGAAGGGCAUGAAGCUUGUUGGGAUGAGUGUGCAUUGAGUAUGCAUGCUUGAGAUGUUGGGAUGGUGGAUGAUGGUUGGCAGCCAGAGGGGGAGAUUGUUGUGUGAUGUAUUUUGUGAUAGAUCUUGAGAAGAUAUUUCCGACGCAACAAGAAUCGCUUCAAUCGGAGCAAGAACGCGAAAGCUAUGAAGAUUCAAAGUUCAUGAGCUUGCGUUACAAUUGCGGCGGUUACGAAGUGAAGUUGUGGGGUGACUCUAUAUGGAGUUGGGACCUUUGGGGUUG